AUGGGAUGCGAUGGUGGAACUAUACCCAAGAGGGACGAGCUGGUACGAACCAAAAAGAAACCAGAACAGAAAGAUAAAUCAUCCAUGCAGUUGUACCGUUGGCGUAAUUGUCACUUGACUCAAGGACCACUUCGACCGCCAAUAGUCGCUUGUGGCAUGGGUCUCUUGUAUAGUAAAGAAUCUGUUUUACAGCAUUUAAUAAAUAAAACUCCAUUUCCUGAAGCUUCAGCACACAUCAAGGGUUUAAAAGAUAUAAAAGUUUUGAAAUUGACUUCCAAUCCUGCAUUCAACAAAAAAGCUCAAAGUGUUGGAGGAUAUAUUGACGAUAAUUGUUCACCUUACGUAUGCCCUCUUAUUGGUCUUGAAAUGAACGACAGAUCAAAAUUCUGUUUCUUAUGGAAAUGUGGAUGUGUUGUUUCUGAGAGAGGUCUUAAGCUAGGUGCUGAUAACAAGUGUGUUAAUUGUGUAAAGGAAUAUGAUGAUGAUGAUAUAGUUGUGUUGAAUCCGACUGGAGAAGAUAUAAUUUUAAUGAAAACUAAAUUGGCUAGACGCAAAGAUAAGAUUAAGAGUGAAAAAAAUUCUGAGAAAAAUAAAGUCAAACAAGAAGUUGCAAUUAAAGACGAACCAAUUGAAGAUGAAGAUGUAAAACCAAUUGUUCCAUCCAUCUUACCUAUUAAAACUGAAAACAUUGAUAUCAAGAAAGAAAUAAAAAAGGAACAAAUAAAGAAAGAACAAAUAAAAAGACCUAUCACUAGUGCUGCAGGAUCAAGUUCCUCUGUUGGCUCUGGUAAUUGCCGCAAAUUAGAAGAUCCUGUGUAUAAAAAAGCAAAACUUGCACAUAGUAUUUCUAAAGACAAAUCAGCAACCAAUGUAUAUAAGUCAUUAUUUACAAGUCAUGAAGACGACAAAAACCAAACUCGGGCUCAUUGGAUUACAUACAAUCCGUUCUAUAAUUAA